CAUGCGUAUGUAGUCCAUCCAAGAUGGAAGCGACCGUAGCGGCGAAACUCGUCGUUAAGAAGAAACUGUGACUUUUAACAUAGAAAACAGAAAGGUUGUUGGAUUCUUCUUGCGCUAGCAACUAGUAUUAAAAAAUGGCUACAAAAACGAAUGCAGCUAUGAAAGAAAAUGAGGAUAUUGCUUGUUACUUUGUAACAAAGCAUUCCUGGAAAGGAAAAUACAAGAGAGUCUUCUCCGUGGGUAACCUGGGUAUAACAACAUACAACCCUGCCACUCUGGAGGUCACCAACCAGUGGCCAUACAGUGAAUUUAUUAGUAUCACACCCAAUAUCAAAGCCCCCACCCUCAAUGAAUUCUUGAUCACCAUGAAAAAAGGGCCCAAGAAAACGGACACCAUGAAGUUUUCCACUGAUCACAGAGCAGAUGUAUUGACUGAGGCUUUGAGAUUUGCCAAUCAGUUUGCUGGAAAAGAUUUUCAAUCCAAAAGGUUUAAUGCCUACAAAUACCACUGGUCAGACAACAGAAUACCCACAUUACUCCAAGUAAAUCAGUCUUCACUGGAUCAAGUGGACCCCAAGACAGGCACCAAACUGGUCUCCUAUGACUACAAGGACAUGGAGGGGUUUGCUGUCAUCUCAGACUACCCAGGGGGGGUGGCUGUCAUACAUGGGGGAUACAAUAGACUGCAUAUAUUUGCCCUUGAACAAAGAGAUGAACUGAUCAAAAGUGUGAUGGAGACAGCAGCAAACUAUAUUGGCAUUGCCAUCAAACAGAGGAAGGAACCUAUAACAAUAGAUCAGGCCACAGCACACAAGAUGGGCAAAUACAGUACCGACGAGGCCCUUACGUCAUAUGCAGAGUUCAGUGUGUAUAAACUAACACCAAGGAACCCAGACCCCAUUAGGCGGACCCUGUGUCUCACAGAGACGUGUCUGGUGGAGAGAGACCCGGCCACCUAUAAUGUUGUCACAGCAAAACCUCUGUGUGAUGUGUUUGCCAUAGUCAGAGAUCAAGAAAACCCACAAAAAUUUAGUGUUGAAUAUGUGAAGGGUGCAAUACGAACAUUCACAUCCACUGACAGAGAUGCCUUGAUAGCCUCUGUUCUGGAUGGUGUAAGGGCCUCUGGCAACAGGGAUGUCCAUGUGAAAAUGAAAUUUACCAGCAGGGGAUUACGAUUAGGUCCCUUCACAGUCCCUGUUGAUGAGGAAGUGGAGAGUCAGCACAUGAAGUUUAUCCAGAGUCCUCCCCCCAAUAUUAACUUUGAGAUGGCUGUGGAGAGGUUCAACUCUAACAUUUCUUACAGUGGUCUCCUGCAUGCUGUCACACAAGACGGUCUGUUUGCCGAGAACAAAGAAAAACUGAUCAACGGCACCCUGUCAGCACUGCUGGAUAAGGAGGGUGACCAAGCCAUCAUUUCCUCAGAGAAUCUAGAAGCUCAGUUCCAUGCUCUGAGGAGACUUGUGGCCUCCAAGGCUGGCUUUCAGGCUUUUACUAGACUGCCAAAGAUGAGAGAAAGAGUGGGUAUCAAAGUAGUCAAGGCACUAAAGAGAAACGAUGAUGGUGUGGCCCAUGCCGCCAUAGACAUGCUCAAUGCCCUGAUGCAGCCCAUGCAUGAUGACUACGACCUGCGACAGGAACAGCUCAAUAAAGCCUCUCUGAUGUCAUCAAAGUCCUUUAUGCAGAACCUGCUCAAUCUAUUUAAAAAUCACGUG